UCUGCCCCAUGUUACCUCAUUUUCAAAGUUUCCCUUCAAAAUUCAAAAUGGGAGCUUCUGUCCGCUGGAGUUGGCUUGCUGCGCUUUUAUGUCUCCUGUGUGUUGAGGUUGAGUGUGACUGCAGUCUGGAUAAUGUACGGAACCAGGGGGGUGGUUUCAUAUUGAGCAAGGGACUGGAAAAGGGCAGUAUGCUGGUCUUCAACUGUUCUGAAGGCUACUAUCCAUACCCUAAGUUUAGCCACAUCUGCUAUUCUACAGGCUGGGAUCCUCCUCCCAAAAGAAAUCAGAGAUGCAAGCUUGUUGAAUGCCCAGACCCCACUGUGAUGCAGAAUGGAAAUGUCUACCCCUUUGAAGAGAAGUACUAUGUCACCAACACAACUACGUAUACGUGCUACUCUGGAUACACGCUGAGAGGCUCAUCCACUCGUACUUGUUUACCAAAUGGAAAGUGGAGCGGUUCCACUCCCAUCUGCAGCCAUGACUCUGGUGAUACCUGUGCUGAUCCUGGUAUCCCACCUGGUGCCUCAAGAACGGGAAACAUAUUUGAAAUCGAUGACAAAGUGAAAUAUACCUGCAGUGGGGACUUGAUUUUGGUGGGACAAAAUGAAAGAGUGUGUCAGGAGAAUGGCCAGUGGACCGGGAAAGAGCCGGCAUGUUACUACAAAUACACUUUUGACACUGCCCUUGAGAUUUCUGAAGAGUUUGGCAAUGCAAUCAAGGACACCCUCACCACUUUGCAACCUGCCGAUGAUACACAAGAAGGCAGAAUAAUCAGGAUGUCAAAAAAUGGUACACUUAACAUCUACAUUGGUGUGGAUAUUUCUGAGAGCAUUGACAAAACCUACUUCCAAAAAGCCAGAGAAGCCAUCGUAACACUUAUGAAAAAGAUUUCAUCCUUCACUGUGUCACCAAACUAUGAAAUUGUCUUCUUCUCCUCUGAAAUAUAUGAAGUUGUCAACAUUCUUGAUUUCUUUGGUGAAAAACCAUCACUGUCCUCCCUCGUAGAAAAGGUGGAAAGUUUUGAAAUAGGUGACAGAAACACUGGAACAAAUUUGUAUGCUCUCUUCAGGAGAUUUGAGGAACGCAUGUCUUUCAUACAGACACGUACUAAAGAAAAGUUUAAGGAACAUCGUCACGUCAUCAUCCUUUUUACAGAUGGUGCUUAUAACAUGGAUGGUUCUCCUGAACCCACCGUGGCCAGGAUAAAAAACAUGGUUUACUCAAACCAUGAUGAAAAAACCAAAGAGGAAUAUCUUGACAUAUACGUUUUUGCCAUUGGGGUUGAGGUCUCUGAUGUUGAACUACAGUCCCUUGUAGCAGGAACUGGAGGGAAGCAUUACUUCAGGCUGAAACAUGAUACAAAUUUAAAUGAAACCUUUGAUGACAUAAUUGAUGAACGGGACGUAGUUGGUCUGUGUGGUCUUCACAAAGGUUAUGACACCACAGAGGACAAAGUUAGCAAGAGGAAACGAUAUCCAUGGGUGGUAUUCGUUAUUAUCCAGGGAGAAAAAUCAAAGAGAUGCCUCGGCUCUUUGGUAUCAUCUAAGUUUGUCUUGACUGCCGCUCACUGCUUCCAAUUUGGUGACACACCAGACCAGGUCACGGUUGAAAUUGAAGAUAGACCAGGCAACAUAGUAAAAAAAGUUAAAACUUUUAACUUACACCCGGAGUACAAUAUUAAAGCAAAACAGGCUGAAGGUGUUAAAGAGUUUUAUGACUAUGAUGUGGCGCUCAUCCAGCUGCAGGAUGAUAUUGACAUCUCUGGUGUUGCAAGACCAAUUUGCAUACCUUGCACCCAGGAAACCAGUGAUGCUCUACAACUGGUCGGUGUAUCAACAUGUGCACAACAAGAGCAAGUUUUGUUGAAUAAACAACGUGAACGACUCAGUUUCCUAACUAGGACAGAACCUCUGGUAAAAGAAAAAGAUGUCUUUGCUAAGCUUGGUGAUAAUGUGAGAAAUGCAUGCAUCAACAAAGCGCUGAAGGCAGAAGGCAUAAAGGUGACAGAUCCAACGAUUCCUGUGACUAAAAACUUCCUGUGUACUGGUGGUCUGACUGAGCACAGAGAUCAAAUAGCGUGUACAGGUGACUCUGGAGGUGCCGUGUUUAAGACCUAUGAGUACCGCACAAUACAGGUUGGAGUGGUCAGUUGGGGAACCCAAUCACUUUGCACCUCAGGCGGCCUGGUCGAGUCUAAUGAAGAUUCCAGGGAUUUCCACAUCAAUCUUUUCAGAGUGGUGCCUUUCCUUAAGUCUAUCCUUGGAAAAGAUGAUCAGGAUGAUUAUGCACCAAUUAAAUUUUUGAAAGACUAAAUGAAAUGAAAUACUAUAAAUUGCAAGACCAACUCACUUGAUAUAUUUUCUGGUUAAAAUAUAUGCCUUAUUUUAUUGAGUGCUUUUAUUUUCUCAACACACACUCACUUCAUACCUAAAAAGUGGCAGUUCAAAAAUCUGGCGACACAACCCAUUCUUACAAAUGGCAGUUAUGAUACAGUAAAAUAUAUCAAUGACAGUGCACAGUGCAAGUUGGACUUGUAUGUUCUUUACUCAUAAUGCAUUCAGCAUUUUCUGUGUUUAACCAUCAUGAAAACUCAAUAAAUCACUUUUUGAUGCA